AUGACUACUACACUGAUUGCGCUGACCGAAGUAAAUGCUCCAUUAACUCAAGCGGCAGAGAACGUUGCCAAUCUAAUAGAAUCAUUCAUCGAAUUGGGUAUUCUAGUUCAUGACAAUCAAGGAACGCCUCAAUCGAAUAAUGUAUUGUCCAACAAGAUCCAAACGCUAGCAUCCCAAUUGAAGGCGGUUUCUAAUAGUGAGGAUUUGAGUGACAAAUUGAUCCCCGUCGAUGUGGUGUCAUAUAUCGAGGAUGGUAGAAAUCCUGAUAUCUAUACAAGAGAGUUUGUGGAAGUAACGGCAAAACUGAAUGCCAAACUCAAAGGAAAGAUGCAAGGGUUUAGCAAGCUAGGAGAUGUUUUAAGUGUUAAAUUAGCCCAAGAAUAUCCGAGAUUGAAACCGGAGCUUGAAGAUGUGGAGAACAGAACUAUUUCUGAGAUUUGA